AUAUUGAUUACUGCCAUCAACUCUUUUUUUUUAUACAUUAAUUAGUACCCGACCAACAACUUUUCCUCUUCCGUUUCACUCAAAUACACUGCAUUAUUUCUUUCUUUUCCAGAUUUUCAUACUUCUGAUUGUAAGAACAUAUCAAAAAAAUAGAAGUGGAUUUCUGAUUCUUGAAGGUGUUUUUGUGUUUGUUGGUUGUGAACACCAAAAGUUUCGACAUAGUCAUGGAUGCAGGCUCUUUGAUAAGAAGUGGUAUAUGUAUAUCUAAGUAUUCUGAACUUGAAUCCACAAAGACAAAUAUUGGUACUCAGAGACUUAAGGAUUCGUAUCCUAAGCAACUUUCAGUUCCGUUGAAGAGUGAAUUCAAGGGAAGUAAAAUGGUUGUUUCAGAUCAUAUCCUGCUGAAUAAAAGCUCUACAAAUUUCUUUGCGGAAGCACAAUCUUCAAACAGCAUAAGCAAAUCUAUGAGAUGGUGGGAGAAAACUCUUAAACAUAAUAUCAUAAAGAUUCAUUCAGCUCAGGAACUCGUCGAUACGCUUUUAAAUGCAGGCGAUAAACUCGUCGUAAUAGAUUUUUACUCCCCUGGUUGUGGAGGUUGUAGAGCUUUGCAUCCAAAGAUUUGCCAGAUUGCGGAUUUGAAUCAAAAUGCAAUUUUUCUGAAAGUAAAUUAUGAAGAACUUAGUGUUAUGUGCACUAGCCUCAACAUUCCUGUCCUCCCCUUCUUUAGAUUUUACCGAGGAGCUGAAGGUAGACUUUGCAGCUUCAGCUGCACAAAUGCAACUAUCAAGAAAUUCAAAGACGCGCUUGAAAAGCAUGGAACAGAUAGGUGUAGUCUUGGACCAGCUAAAGGUUUGGAAGAAGCCGAGCUAUUAAGACUAGCUUCCAACAAAGAGAUCUCAUUCAAUUCUUCGCCAACGAAAUACGAAAAGGCACUGCACCAUUUGUUUGAAACAAACAUGGAAGAUUACACCUCUUCGAUCAUUCAAAGAUAAUGCCCGCGAUAGUCAUGUACUCCAUAUACAGUCAGUUACCGAUAUAAGAUUAGAUAUAUGUUAUGAUUAAGCUUGCCGUAGUUGGCCAUAAAGUUUAUGUAUGUACUCCUGAUGAACCGCCGUAACCAGUAAUGGUGAUGUUUAGAAAUACUAAAUUUAUGUUUUAAAUUUUAAAUAUUUAGGACUAAGGAUUCA